GCGCAAGGCCACCAUGAGGAGAAAGGAAAACAGACAUAUUUCGCGUCUGUUUUUCUCCGCUGGCUCCACAACAAGUCUCUUUUUCAGCAAAGUUUUAAAACACUUUCAGGUCCGCAAAACUAAUUUCUACCAUACAGUUUGGGCCCGGCACAGUUACUACGUACCGUCGAUGCAGCAGUGAGCGCGGCAAGCGAUGUGGAAAUAUGUUUCCCGUCGUAUACGCGAUGUGUACGACAAGACUGCCCAUGUACUAGAGGUACGGCGCACCUGGAACUGUGGUGCAGGAGAGCGGUUCUGCGGUGAAACCCCGCCGGAAGACGGUACAGGAGCACAGGAGCAACAUGAAGCGAACGGUCGGCGCUACUGUUUGCUUUACGUUGCCCGCCCGAACGAGCUCGGCGAUCGGACGCAGCAGGAGUAUGGCACGGGUUCGAACCAGUCCGAUCGGGAGGGCACCCGGCGGAAGGAGUAUCCCCAGACACCGUUCGAACACUCCUGGCUUGGGGCAAUAACAUGGACCAGUGCCAUUAUCUGUGGCUGGUACACCAGCCAGCUGCUCUGUCUUUAUCGUCGCACCCAGCCGUUUGAACAUCCGUCCCGCUGCGCCCCUUCCCAGCUGCUUCAUGCCGCGGCUGAGCAGCGUAAACUUUCGGCCCGUCAUUGCGAGGCACUGGCGCAGUACUUUGGGUUGCGCUCCAGCGGAAGCCUUACAGCACCGUAUCCUAAUCCAUCGAUCACGGAUGGAUCUACGGAGGCGGGAAAGCAGCAGCAGGCGAACACUCUGGUACAGCUGUUUGCACCGUUCAUCCCUCGCGAUGGGGGGCACGACUUUGUGGACUACACCGACAGACAUCGGGGUGAGGUGCAGCGUUUCGUUUUUCAAGUAAACAACGAAACAAAACCGACGGUUAAGGCACCGCACGAGGAGUUUGUCUCGCAGCGUAGCACUGAUCCGGUGGCGGACGUACCAACGAAGGAAACCGUGGAACAACCGGAAACGGUCGAAGGGGCUUUCAAACACUUGGUCUCGGUGCUGGGAGAGAUUGAGUAUCAGCUAGGCUGCCGGAAUCUGGAGCUGGGCGAGUAUGCUUCAGCCGUUUCCCAUCUGAAGCUGGGCACGAGCCAUCAGCACGCGGGGGCCGCGUUCAAUCUCGGCAUAUGCUACGAGCAGGGCUACGGCAUCCCGAAGGACAUGGCUAUGGCCUUGGAAUGCUACCAGCUGGCAGCGAAGCAGGGACACCCGCAAGCGAUCUACAACGUUGGCGUCUUUCAUGCACGCGGUUUUGCUGGUUUGCGUCCGAAUCGCGCGAUGGCGAAGAAGUAUUUCCUCGCCGCCGCCGAGCUAGGGCUGCAGGAUGCAAUUGUCGCUCUCGGACCAAAGUAUCGUACCAGUCGGCGGGAAUCGUUGGCCAGUGGCCAACAGCAUGACAGCGGCUACGGGCUGCCAUCGUUCCAGUUUGCACUCGAGAACGUUGACCAGUUCCACGCGGUAAAGCACAACGGUGAGCGGCCAAAUGUACAGCUACAGCUUGUAGCAUCCAGUGGAUAGAGGAGCCCGGGGGGUGCAGUCUUUGGCGGCCGCCACGUACGAUCUUUGCUAGAUUAGUACCUGUUUCCUGUGUUUUCUUCUCGGUUUUUUUUACGUUCCUGAGUUUUGUUCCUCUUUUCUCUUUAUCUUUAUCCACUCGUCAUAGACGGUUUAGGUUCGUUUCCAUUACAGUAUUGCCAGUAAGCUGAUCGUAGAUGAACAAGCAAUGUGUCAAUCAUUUUAAGCUUGUUUUUCGAUGUCCAAUGCUGUUGCAAUUUCUAGUGGCAGCAAACGCAAACCGUUGGUGCGUAAAGAUUUGUUUGUGGUGUUUGGGUUUUCGAUUUUGGUGUUACCGUUGGAUCAGAGAUCGUCAUAAAAACAAAACAUACGUUUGAAAUGAUUCAAACAAUUUAAACCUGCUUUUUUGCCAUGGUUAUGCUUAAAAUGUGUGAUUUUAUGUAAAAUUACAACAGAAACUGAAACCAAUAAAGGUGCGUUGUUAGCGUCGAAAA